CUCACCACCAUAUAUCACACCAUAGUAACACACUUUAGGCAGAAAUGGAAACCACAGCCGUCGCCACUGCCACCACCACCGGCGGUCUUAACUCUGUCGAGGUGAAUCCUCUACAACUCAUCCUCAACCGUGCAUUUGCACUUAUUUACCUUUUUGCCAUCCUAGCUCUUUUCUAUAACCACACACUCAAACUCCUAAACUCCACUAAUUCCAUUAUCUCUUUCUCCAUAUCAAUUUUAAUUUUAAUUUCAGACUUAAUCCUAGCCUUCAUGUGGACAACGAUUCAGUCUUUUCGUAUGUGUCCACUAACACGUAAAGAAUGUCCCGAAAAAAUAAAAAAAUUUAGUAACGAUAAUUUUCCGGCACUUGACAUAUUUAUUUGCACGGCGGAUCCUUAUAAGGAGCCACCAUUAAACGUCGUUAACACGGCGUUAUCGGUCAUGGCGUACGAUUAUUGCCCGAUCGAGAAAAUUUCGGUUUAUGUAUCGGAUGAUGGUGGUUCAGAGCUUACACUGUUUGCUUUUAUAGAAGCUGCAAAAUUUGCUGUCCAUUGGUUGCCAUUUUGUAGGGAGAAUAAGAUAAUUGAAAGGUGUCCAGAUGCUUAUUUCAGUUCUAAUUACAUAGAAAAUUCUGAGACACAGAAAAUUAAGUUGAUGUACGAAAGCAUGAAGACAAGGAUAGAAAAUGUGAUUGAGAGGGGAAAAGUGGAUGAUGAUUAUAUUAACAACGAGGAAGACCGUCAAGCUUUUAGCAAAUAUUGGACUGCUGGAUUUACUCGUCAUAAUCAUCCCUCCGUUAUUCAGGUCUUAUUAGAAAGUGGCAAAGACAAAGACACAACGGGUCAUGGGAUGCCAAAUCUUAUUUAUCUUUCAAGAGAGAAAAGCAAGAGCUCCCCUCAUUAUUUUAAAGCAGGUGCCCUCAAUGCUUUGCUUCGAGUAUCGGGAGUUAUGACAAAUGCACCGAUAAUCUUGACACUGGAUUGUGACAUGUACUCUAAUGAUCCAUCAACACCUCAACGGGCUUUAUGUUACUUCUUGGACCAAACAUUAUGGCCCACUUUAGCCUACGUUCAGUUUCCUCAACGUUUUCAUGGGCUCAACGAGGCAGAUAUUUAUGGUAGUGAGAUAAAAGGCCUGUUUCAUUCAAAUCCAGUGGGUAUGGAUGGGCUUCGUGGGCCCAAUUAUGUUGGAACUGGAUGCUUUUUCCGUCGUCGGGCUUUUUUUGGGAGCCCAUCUUCGUUCGAGCAGCCCGAAGUUCCAGAAUUGUUUCCGGAUCAUGUUGUGAAUAAGCCCAUCCAGGCCCAAGAACUUUUACACCGAGCCCAUUAUGUAGCAAGUUGCAACUAUGAGGAUGAAAGUAAUUGGGGUUCCAAGAUGGGCUUUAGGUAUGGAUCACUUGUGGAAGAUUACUACACUGGUUAUAGACUUCAAUGUGAAGGUUGGAAAUCUGUGUUUUGCAAUCCUAAAAGGCCUGCAUUUUUAGGAGAUGUACCUAUUUCUCUCUAUGAUGUGGUCAGCCAAAAUAAGAGGUGGUCUGUGGGCCUCCUUGAAGUUGCUUUUUCAAAAUAUAGCCCAUUAACUUUUGGUGUUCAGUCCAUGGGCUUCGUUAUGGCCCAUUGUUAUGCUCACUAUGCAUUUUGGCCCAUUUGGUCAAUACCAAUUACUCUAUAUGCCUUCAUCCCUCAACUAACUCUCCUCAACGGGGUUUCCAUCUUUCCAAAGGUUUCAAACCCUUGGUUUUUCUUGUACGUUUUUUUGUUCCUCGGAGCAUAUGGACAAGAUUGCUUGGUUUUUAUGUCUUUUCAAGGGACAUUUAAAAGGUGGUGGAAUGACCAAAGAAUUUGGAUGAUAAGGGGAUUAUCAUCCUAUCUAUUUGGAACUAUUGAGUAUCUAACUAAACACUUAGGCAUAUCUACACAAGGGUUCAACCUAACAAGCAAAGUAGUUGAUAGUGACCAAGGUAAAAAGUACCAUCAAGGGAUUUUCGAGUUUGGAGUUGUUUCGCCUAUGUUCGUUACACUUGCAACAACAUCAAUUAUCAAUUUAGUGGCAUUCCUCAAAGCACUAUUAGAAAUUUUCAAGGGUGAUCAAAGUUUGGAUGGUCUCUUUAUCCAAAUGUUUAUUGCUGGUUUUGUAGUGAUAAAUUGUUUGCCAAUUUAUGAAGCAAUGGUUUUGAGAGGUGAUAAAGGAAGAAUGCCUACAAGGGUCACUAUUCUCUCCACAUUUCUUGCUGGUAGUCUCUAUAUUGCAUUUGCUUUUCUUCUAAGAAAUGUGUAAUAGCAAAGAACUUUUUUUU